GAGUAAAUUAGAGAGGGGGUAAUCUACUAGCUUUUGCUUUUUGUUUAAGGUGAAGGUUAAAAUUUAGCAUUUUGAUGGUGAUCAACCUCUACUAACCUUUACUAGCUAGGGGAAUGAAGUGAUGCGUUGAGAAUUAUUCUUAUCCUUGUGAGGAUAGGAGCGGAUAGAUUUAAGCAUGACAAUGAGACAAGGGGGAAUAACUUGAUAAUCAAUAAAGUUCUCUGUGAAUUACUUGAACAAGCUCAUCAUGUUAGCUUAAGAUUCUCAUCUCCUUUCCUUUUCUUUUUUUCCUUCCUGAUUUUGGACAAACCACAACUGAUUUUGUCUCUAGCUGUGACAAAGAUAUCUAGCAUUAUAUUUGCAAUCCGCCUUGAAACUUUUACUUGCUUCUCGCUGAUGAAUGUAGCUUUAGCUUAAUUGGUAAAAUCUUCUACAUUCAAUUGGCUCUUUUUCUCCAUCCAGAUAUAGGGGUAUAAAAAAAAUGAUCCAUAAUAUCUUUGCUCCAUGACAAAAUCUUAAUUAGUAGAAUUUUUUUUAGCAGCCAACCCUCACUGAGAGUGAGUGCCAUCUCCCUCCCCAUACUCUUGUCAUCAUCGCUCAUCACUCCUUAUUUAAGAAAUCAGUUGUGGAUACCACACUACUCUCUCUCAAUUUGCUUUUAUUAUCGCUAUAACACCAUCACCAUCAUCAGCUCUACAAGUAGGCAAACCUAAUGUUUGUGUCACUCUAUCCCCAGCGCUACCAUGUCGCAUAAUCAUCGACCGCCCCUGGACGAAUCCGACGACGAAAUCCGAGAAAUCCAUGCACUGAACUCCCCUCAGCCCUCCUCCUCCGUCCGUGGCCGCAGCCCAUCCUUCACCCCGUCCGUCAGAAGCAACAGCAACGAGGCUGACUACUUCUCAUCAGUAAGCAGAGAAUUCGACGCGCUGGUUGUCGCUGGCUCCGCCAUGGAGCCCAUCAUCGACCCAAACCUGGUCAGGAUCAGGGAGGAGGAGGAGGAGACGAAUCCGCUGGCGAUCGUGCCAGACAGGAACCCGAUACCGCCGCCUCAGAGGGAGGCAGGUGGUUCUAGUAAUGAUAGGGGUAGCGUUGUAGAGGAGGAGGUUUCUGUGCACAGAGUGAAGAAGGAGGAGGUUGAGGCAAAGAUUGUCGCUUGGCAGACUGCAGAGAUUGCCAAGAUUAAUAAUAAGUUUAAGAGAGAGGAUGUAGUUGUUAACGGAUGGGAGAGUGAGAAAGUUGACAAGGCAAACGCCCGGCUCAAGAAAGUAGAGAGGAAGUUGGAGGAGAAGAGGGCGAGGGCGACGGAGAAGAUGCAGAAUGACGCGGCGAAAGCACGACGGAAGGCAGAGGAGAAGAGGGCGUCGGCGGAGGCGAAGAGGGGGGUGAAGGUGGCCAAGGUGUUGGAGCUCGCCAACCUUUUGAGAGCUGUGGGCAGAGCUCCAUCCAGGAGGUCUUUCUUCUUCUAGUUUAUUAUUAUUUUUUCCCACUAAUUAUAUAUGACUAAAACUCAAUUUGGGGUUUUUAUGUUUUCGUGUGGCUUUGUAGAGAGAAAAAAAAAAUGAUGAGAGAUACUAGUGGGAGAUGGAUGAUGUCGUAAACUUUGUAUGUCUUGAGACUCAAUUUUGUGAUCAAUGAUUUGUGUUCGAUGUUCGCUUCAAGAAGUGAAUGCGAUGUUAAUUCG